CGCUGAUUGAUAAAACUGGUCUCCGCCCGCUUGUUAGUCCAAGCCCCACAUGUUGCGCAUUGCUUCGUAGGUGUAACAAAACCAGUGGAAGCUACGUAGAUUCCGAAAGCACACUAUCCUUCUACCUUAUCUCUGAAGACCACCUUGGACAUCCAGAGUAUUCCGUUAUUAGCCAUGGCACCCUUGAGUCUACCAGUAACUCCAACACUUAGAGACGCACACAGCGGUAUACCAGAACGUCUACUCCACAAAGCGACUCACGCAAAAUUGCUCAUUUACGAUGGAAAAACCGUCUCCGAUACUAUCCCACUUCAACGCGGUCUUCCUAUUCCUCAAGGCAUCUCCAAGAAGGCAUUCCUCUCCGCAAUCGACGAAAUCCGCGAUUUGCUUGGCGCAGAGCAUGUCCAGCUCAACGACAAAGAGAUUAAGAACGGCUGGUACAUGGAGUCUCCAAAUACUCAUGAUAUGAUGCCUCUUUUCGACUUCGAGGAAUUCAUCGCAUCUGCCGUUGUAUAUCCCGGAUCAGUAGAAGACGUCAAGCUCAUCGUGAAGUGGGCGAACAAGCAUCUCGUACCCCUCUUCCCGCUCAGCAUCGGACGCAAUCUUGGCUACGGUGGCUCGGCUCCUCGUGUACGCGGCUCUGUCACCAUCGAUCUAGGGCGUCGCAUGAACCGCAUCCUAGAUAUCAACGCGGACGACUUUACGUGUCUCGUUGAACCGGGCGUGACUUUCUAUGCGCUGCACGAGGAGCUUGUGAAGCGCGGUCUGGAUGAUAAAAUGUGGAUCGAUACACCGGAUCUUGGGGGCGGCAGUGUGAUUGGGAACACACUGGAUCGUGGCGUCGGGUACACGCCGUAUGGAGACCAUUGGGCAUGUCACUCCGGGCUGGAAGUUGUAUUGCCGGGUUUUGGCGAAGAUGGUGAUGUCAGGGUGAUAAGAACAGGCAUGGGUGCGCUAGGUGUCGGUGGUGAGAAGACAUGGCAGUGCUUUCCGUAUGGAUUUGGACCGUACAACGACGGUAUCUUCUCCCAGAGUAACCUGGGCAUAGUCACGAAGAUGGGAAUGACGUUAAUGCCCAACCCCGGCGGGUUUGAGUCGUUUAUGUACACAUUCCCCAAUGAAUCUGACCUCGCCCCUCUUAUCGAAAUCAUUCGCCCUCUCCGUAUAUCCAAUAUCCUCGAGAAUGUUGCCCAGCUGCGUCACGGGCUGCAGACGCUCUCCGUAAAAGGACACCCGCGCACCAAGUACUUCGAUGGCACCGGGCCUAUGCCCGAGGACAUUGUUCGCAACCACCUUCGCCAGACCGCAACCGGUGAGUGCGCUUGGGUAUACUAUGGUAUGUCCUACGGCCCGGCGCAUAUCCGUCGCUACAAGCUUGAGAUCAUCGACAAGGAGUUCCAUCGCAUACCAGGCUGCAAACGCGUAGACCCAUCUACGCUACCUGCGGAUGAGUAUUUCUGGUCCAGAGAUAGGAUUGCCAGUGGGACGCCGGAUCUGGAGGAGCUGAAGUGGGUGAAUUGGAUGCCGAAUGGUUCUCACAUCGCUUUUAGUCCCGUCUCGCCCAUCAGAGGUAAAGAUGCGGAGAACCUGUUUGAACUAGCGAGGAAGAGACAUUCCGAGGCAGGCAUUGAUCUGAUGCCAGCGUUCUGCGUCGGGCUGCGGGAAAUGCAUCUGAUUGUUGAGAUUGUUUUCGACGCCGAGGAUGCAGGUAUGAAGAGAAGGGCAGAGAAAUGUUUGAGGGAUAUGAUUGACGAUGCUGCAAAGCUUGGCUACGGCGAGUACCGUACGCAUCUCGCGCUUAUGGACCAGGUCGCUGGGACAUACAAUUGGAAUGAUAACGCGCUCAUGAAGUUUAACAACACCUUGAAGGAUGCCUUGGACCCUAACGGUAUUUUGGCACCUGGUCGGUGUGGUAUCUGGCCAAGGAGGUAUAGGAAUCGUGGAUGGGAAUUGAAAGGUGGCGAGACGAACACAGAAGGAGACGGCGUGGCGCCAGUCAGCGGGAAUCUCAAGAUGUAA